GUCUUUUUCUAGAUCAUGCGGGUUCAUGACACCAGGCCCAAUUGGGCCAGGCUUCUAGGAGGCUUCGACGGCCUCUGGACCGUGCUGGCCCGCGACACAUGGCUCCAAGCCUUCACCGAUUCAGUCAAAAAAACAUUUCUGAUGGCGGCGAGCUGCAGCGGCGGCCGGUUCCUCGUCGUUAACGGCGUCCCCUACGCCGGCGACGUCCCAUCGGUCUCGGCCUUUCUCGAAUCCACAUCCGGCGCCUAUACCACCACUCGCACCCACGGGAGCGCCGCCCUCGUCCUCUUCUGGGAGCGCCACCUCCACCGGCUCGCCGACUCCGCACGGAUCUUGGCCGGGGCCCGGCCGGAGUUCUUCGGAUCCGAUCACCGCCGAGCUCGGUUUCCGGCGGCGUCCGCCGCGAUCCGGCCAUUUGUCGAAGAAUCGCUGCGCGCCGGAUUGGGGCUGGCGCUGAAGGAGCGAGAUCGCGCCGGGUCCACGGAAGAGCUCGCGAUCACGGCACUGGUUCGCGGCAGUGAAGAGGAGGAGGACGGGCUCGAUGUGUUCCUUCAUAUGGGGUUCUUUGUUCCUCAGGUGUUCGGCGCCGCCGGAGCCCAUCUGGCGGUCGCUGGCCGGGGGAGGGAUGUGGCGGCGGCGAAGUAUUCCGAUUGGGCGAGGAUUAGGAAGGGUAUGGAGAAGAUGAGGCCUCCUCUAGUGACCGAGCUCUUGUUGACGAACGAUGGGGAUCGGAUUCUGGAAGGCAGCGUGACAAACUUCUUCGUUGUUUGUCGCAAGGUGGUAAAUGAUAUGACAGAUGAGGCUCUACAUGAUCCAGAAAAUGCAUGUUCAUUUGAAGUGCAGACAGCUCCCAUAAGUGAUGGGGUACUCCCCGGAGUUAUACGUCAGCUGGUGAUUGAGAUUUGCUCCAGUAACGGAAUCCCACUACGAGAAGUUGCACCAUCAUGGUCAGAUCGUGAACUUUGGAAAGAAGCCUUUGUUACAAGUAGCUUGAGACUCUUGCAGCAUGUUGAGACAAUUCAGGCUCCAACUUCAUGCAAGGCAUUGUACAUGAAAACCUGGAAGGACGUACCAUGGGAAGUGAAGCGAUUCGAGGGUGUUGGGCUCAUCACAACUGAAAUACAGAGGGAAAUAGCAAACCGAGCAAGAGUGGAUGGAUACCAAAUAAGUAAAUUGUUUUGAAGAAUAGCAUGCCUGCUUCUUCAGAUAAAUUUGGCGUCAGGAGUUUUGUUAAAGUUGAUGUAAAGAUUAACGGGCAUGAACUGGAAAUCAUUUUACUUGGGGAAUUUAUUCACUUCUAUGAGUGAAUAAAUGUUCAUGGCAUGUGGGGCAGGAUUUUGCUCAUGGAUUUAUUCAUCAUUGUUCGACAGGGGAACCCUGGUGUCAAAGGGCUCCGGAGGUUCAAAACAAGUUUGCCUAGCGUAUAUACAUUGAUUCAUAAGUAGGCUUAGUAAAUGGUGUCAAACUGUUAUGCUUAGAAUGCUUAUGUUCAUUUUCUGAAUACUUAGAACUCUCAACCUAAUGGUUAAAAGACUGAUAUAGAGGAGAAGAUUAACCUGCUGUGAUGCACAAUUUUCUCAAAGACUACUCUCAAAGAUGGAUCAUUUAAAUAUAUUUUUGAGAUUUA